CCACUCGCUGAUAACAAAUCGAGCGAAAUGGGCUCCCUCCUCGCGCAUCUUCUCCCACACAGCGGCACGUUCGUUCACGGCCAACAGGCAACGGCUAACUAGCUAGCGUUAGCACUCACGUAUGUGGUUAUGUAAAUAGCUUCCUACCGUCAUUUUUCGCUUGUCUACGGUAGCCACGCAACCUUAAAUGCUGCACUCCUCGGAAGUCGGUGCGCUGUGUAUAAACUACUUUGACAACCGAACUGUCACAACAGACACUGCUUUUCGGGUCAACAGGUGUGGAGACUACUAAGACUUUUAUAUUGGUUCUACUGUGUUCAGCAUCCAGCCUGCUCAGUCUAUGGCUCUGAUGGACAAACACAAACAGGUCAAGCGCCAGAGGCUCGACCGCAUUUGUGAAGGUAUCCGACCCCCGAUCCUUAACGGGCCUAUGCAUCCACGGCCACUGGUGGCGCUGUUGGACGGGCGCGACUGCACCGUUGAAAUGCCGAUCCUUAAAGAUGUUGCUACUGUGGCCUUCUGUGAUGCCCAGUCUACACAAGAAAUUCAUGAGAAGGUGCUGAAUGAGGCUGUGGCCGCCCUGCUUUAUCACACCAUCACUUUGUCGAGAGAUGACUUGGAGAAGUUUAAAGGCCUCAGAGUAAUUGUCAGAAUUGGGUCUGGCUUUGACAAUGUUGAUGUCAAAGCAGCCGCUGAGCUUGGCAUUGCCGUGUGUAACGUUCCAGCAACCUCAGUGGAGGAGACAGCCGACACUUCGCUAUGUUUGAUCCUCAACUUGUACAGGCGAGUCACAUGGAUGCACCAAGCUCUGCGGGAGGGAACCCGAGCCUCCAGUGUAGAGCAGAUCCGAGAAGUGGCAGGUGGUGCUGCUCGUAUUCGAGGAGAGACGCUGGGCAUCAUUGGCCUUGGACGUGUUGGCCAAGCGGUGGCGCUGCGUGCCAAGGCUUUCGGGUUUGGCGUGAUCUUCUAUGACCCCUAUUUGCCUGAUGGCGUGGAGCGCUCCCUGGGCCUGCAGCGCAUGGCCACCCUCCAGGACCUGCUCAUCCACUCGGACUGUGUAUCUCUGCAUUGCAGCCUCAAUGAGCACAACCAUCACCUUAUCAAUGACUUCACCAUCAAACAGAUGCGUCAGGGAGCUUUCCUGGUGAACACGUCAAGAGGCGGGCUAGUUGAUGAGAAAGCACUGGCUCAGGCCCUAAAAGAGGGUCGGAUACGAGGGGCUGCUUUGGACGUCCAUGAAAGCGAACCUUUCAGUUUUUCAACCGGCCCCCUUAAAGACGCCCCCAACUUGAUCUGUACUCCGCACACAUCUUGGUACAGCGAGCAGGCCUCGGUGGAGGCUCGGGAGGAGGCAGCUAGGGAAGUGCGCCGUGCAAUUACUGGGCGUAUCCCGGACAGCCUGAAGAACUGUGUGAAUAAAGAGUAUCUGAUGGCAGCAUCUCAGUGGCCUAGCAUGGAGGCUGCCACUGUUCACCCUGAACUUAAUGGCGCAACCUACAGAGUUCCUCCAGUUCUGAUGAAUGUUGCUGCGGCAGGGGGUCUCCUGGGAGCUGGAGCUGGGGUUGAAAGCCUGGUUUCGGGAAACCUGGCCCAUGGCAUAGCCCCCAUCUCUCAACCACCACACGCCCCUUCCCCGGGGCAGCCAAAUAAGGCCGAAGGCGACAGAGACAUCCCCUCCGACCAAUAGCCCCCCCCCCUUCCCCACACACCCCCCAGCUGCCCAUACUAACAACCUCCCAAACACCCCCGCUCCCUCCCUUUGACUCCCUGCUACAGCCAACACAUUCCGUCACCUCUGGAAAAACCGGGUUCCAAACCUAUCUUCCUCCCACCAUCAGACACAUUUCGCCCUCCCCCCAAACACCACGAUGACCUGAUGUAACUCCAUGUGGUCUCAAUUGACCAGCCUAGGGCCCCCCCCCAACACACACAUACACACACACAUCCCUCCUCAUUUCACGACCCUUCGGCCCCCACUCACUCCCUAACGUCAGCAAUAACUUUGUUCUCAAGGAUUCAGUGAUCGGAUUGGAAUUUUUCCAUAGUUGGCUGUUGUGACUUAAGGUGUUAAUGUUUAUAAAGAAAAAAAAAACAUUUCUGACAUCAAGGCUUUCCAGUCGGCUGCAUCCUCAACUGACUGACCAGUGGAGGUGCUCAGGCAGAAAGUGCCCCUUUGUCCAUGAAAGGCUCGUGUUUCUGUUUUCGUUGUCUUUUCUUUUCUCUCGCACCGCCCUCCAUUUCCCGUCCAAUCUUCUUGUGACGGGAUCAUGUGUACUUCAAGAUAAACCAGACCCAACUGGUAAAAAGCCUCACCUGCCCAGUUGGGAAUUGUAUUUAAAAUCAUGGCCCCGCUGUUCCAAAUGGCCUCGAUCUUCAGUCUUCCUUUAGGUUGACGAAUUCACCUCUACUCAAAUCCACCCGGGUUCAUGAACUUCUGUCUCAUGCCCAAAAGCUGUAGCGCCAAUACUCCAUCACACACAUGCGGGGCCUCGCCAGCAGAGGGCGCCGCCUGACCACUCAUUUCAGUCUGAGCAGGAAGGUGGUCUCCAUUUUAGCUUUCGUGAAGCAAAGACCCCACGCUGACCUAACCAGGCCAUACAUCCUACUCCCCCACGGCCUCCGCCGUGGCCACCGGCCCCACACAUGCUCACGAACCCAGUGUGCAUCCUUCCUUUAAACGUUUGGAGACAGUAACGUUAAAUUCCUCAGUCGCAACAAGGAGGGCGUUAUCUUUUGCAUGCUAGCUUUGUUCACAACAGUGGUAUGUACAAGAGUGCGUGUGCCGGUGUGUGUCCCUUCACGCUGUUUUCUUCCCAAAGGUAUAGUCCCUACGAGUAACUCUUUAACGCUGUCGCUCUGGUGUCAAGGAAACACCUUUCUAGUACCUCAGUAACAGAUAUUGAAUGUACCGUGCAUACCCUUUUAUUUUUGUGUACAGAUUUUCUAGAUUCUUCUUACUGUUCUUUACCAGAAGGGUUGUGAUAUUGUAGCAGUAAUGAUUAGAUCAAAAAAAAAAUCCCCUCAUUAAACAAAGCGACACAUAGGAUCUCUCUCUCUCUCUCUCUCUCUCUCUCUCUCUCUCUCUCUCUCUCUCUCUCUCUCUCUCUCUCUCUCUCUAGGUUACUGAACUGAAUACUCAGGCUUGGAAACCAAUGCUCGUCUUUUGCCUUGACCUUGGCCCCUUUUGUCCUCCAUCUUACUGGCUAAUGAUUCACGAGGAACAAAGAAAGGUGGUACUUGUGCUCUUGCUAGUUUACGUUCACUAGAGCAAUAGUCGUAGAUGCUUCAUUUUUUUUUUUGCAUCCCUUUUGUCAUUGCCCUGCUGCUCUGUUUGAUGUACAUGUGCGAUUUUCAUUUAAGCAGAUAAAAAAAAGAAAAAACGUUCAAAUUCGUGGUUGCUUCUCCCUCUGCUGAGUGUUUUUAGCCCCAGUAGCCAUUUAUGUCAUGGUCAAUUUCCAGUAAUGUGCAGUUUUGCCCUCUGGAUCACACCCUUCCCCCAUCAGUCUGAGUGACUUGGAGCAUGUGAUGCUUGGCUCCUCCGUCAUGUGAUGAGUAUAUAUUUUUAAGAAGAGUAAACCCCCCCAAUGAACCCCUCACCCACCCACGUUCCCCCAUAGUUCCGUUGAUGAAUAAUCUUAAAUUUUGCUGUUGAUGAUGAUUAUAUAUAUUUUUUCAUUUCAGCCGUGCACUGUCGUGUAUACCAGUUAGUUUUAAUGUAGAUGACAAUUUGUUUUUAUGGAUAAUUGCUGUCUGUGCUCCAUCUACAUGUUGUACUGAAAAGUAUGAGACCUCCCCCUCCUCCUCCUGCUACCCCCAACUCUGCUUCCCAUGUCACGUCCCAAUUCCCCCCAGGCCUCGCUGUCCUUUCUCACAGUAGCCGUUGUAGAAAGUCGCCAUGGAACCACUCACUGCCUUAAUACAGUUGACCACAGAAAGUGACCAGUAGAAAUGAACGGGCCCCCCCCCAACCCCCCCCCCUGCCCCUCAAAAAAAAAACAACAUCAAAAAACUCCCCAGUCACACAGCAGGCUGAAUUCUACAAAGGUGUAUUAAGGUCACACUAAAAAUGAGAGAAAAUGUACAAUGACAAGGAAGAGUCACAUUGUUAAGGGUGAAUUUGCAAUUUUCCAAUAACAAAACAACACUUUCUGUCAUGUGGUGAAAGUGUCAUGAGCUCACAUUUCGCCCACAAGUUUUCCUGUGGGUGCACGAUUGAGUGACACGUAAGUCACGCUACUGGCCUUAAUUGGGUGUUUUUUUUUUUUUUUAAUGCAAACUGGGCUAAAAAAAAUCGUACUCCCCAAGAACUUAAAUGGGACUUUAUCAGACCGUGUUUUACUCUACAGACCUGUCAUUUGUUUAAAUCAGGUCAACUCGGAAUUUUUGUUGGAACACUUGAUGAUUGAACUAACAACAAAUGAGAAAAAAUUGUACAAGCAAAUUAAACUGUACAUGCUGAUGAUGGUGCCAAAAUGUUGACUUUCCUUGUGAAACUAUCGUGACCACAAUCAUCAUAGUCAUGUUUAUGUCCAUAAUGUUUAAUCUUUUCCUACAGUGACAAUUUAUUUUUACCUCUCAUAUUAUGGCGUUUAUGUAACUUUAUUCUCAUGGUACCGUUUUUUUUUCCCCACCCACCCCAUGUGGCUCUAAUACUCCUUUGGUGAAUUCUACAGUACCUUUGCAGCAAGUGAACAUGGUGUUGAAAGUUUUUAUUUUUGGAUCAAAGGCAUCAAACACCCCCCGCUUCUAAAGUCACACCAGCGGUGUGUUUGUGCUCUGGCUAAAAGAUACAAGCACAGUGUGUGUGUCUUUGUGGUCACAGAGCUCCAGCUGAUAGUUCACUCUUGGUUGUGAGAAUGCAGCCACCGCCAUCCUUCCUCCUCCCCCUCCUCCUUCUACUCCUGCUACGACUCGGGGCUUUCGAAGGGUCUUUCACUCUGCUGCCGGAGACCCCCAAAAGGGCUGGAGUGCUCGGGGCACAGCAGACACUGGUGUCAUCUGUCCAGAAAACAAAAACAAUUGGUCACUUUUUCUCUCUCAGGGUUGAAAUGAACACAUAUCCUUUAGCAAUUGUCCUCCUUCCGAAUGUAGAACAGCCUUGUGUGUUUGUAGAAGCCGCGAACCUCUUCUCUUGUUCCACCCCUCCCUUUUCCUACUCUCUUGUUUUCCUUUUGGCACUGACAUCUAACCAUCUAGCAAGGAGUGAAUGAAUGCUUGAAAGUGACUGUGUGCAUGUGUUGUUUGAUGUUAAGAUUGGGAAAUGUAAUUUUACACGUGAACAUGUUUCCCCCCCCCCCCUUCUCCCUCUCACCCUCAUUUGUGAACUGAUUUUUCAACAGACUGCAAAAAAGGAAAAAAAAACAUCUCUGUAACUAGGCUCUUAAGCUUUAUUUUUUGUUUUGUUUACUUUUUUAUUAGAAACAAACCUGUUUGUGAUGGUAACACCCAAUGGUAAACUCCACACCGUAUUUUAAAUAAAAGCUUAAAAAUUAAA